UUUAUUGUUUCUCUUGAUGUGUGAGGUUUGAGUUUCUGCGCUCCGUUACAGCAGAGAUUUGACUUUAUUCACGUUUAUAAACACUCGAUACUGUUGAUGAACAACUUUCAGAAAACACAGCCGGUGAUUCUGUCCGAGAAUGAAGAUUAAACCCUGAAGAGAAGCCUGUUUAUAAUGGGUGUGUGUGUUUUUCCAUCAUGCCUCCGGUCACGGCUCAGGAGCUGCCGCUGAACACAUACGUGGUGCUCUUGGGUUUGGGACUCUUCAUCUUGAUCCUCAGCCUGAUCUUCUGCUGUUUCUUCAUCAGUAAACUGAGGCAUCAGGCUCGUAAUGUGAGAGCUGGAUACAAGAUGGUUGUGUUUAAGGAUGAAGCAGUGCUUGAACACGUGGUAACGUGUGCUGUAUGUUUGGAGGACUUCAGGACGAGCGAUGAGCUGGGUCUGUUAGCCUGUAAACAUGCAUUUCACAAGCGGUGUCUGCUGGACUGGCUAGAGAUCCGCUGCUCCUGUCCAAUGUGCAACAUCUCCAUCAGCGGAGACACGGCAGAAAACCAGCCUGCAAACCUGCUGGAUGAGCUGAUGUAAACCUGAAGAAAACCUGCUGGAUGAGCUGAUAUAAUCUAAAGAAAACCUGAAGCAAGAGCUGAUGUAAACCUGAAGAAAACCUGCUGUAAAUCUGAUGAAUGAGCCGAGGUUAUCCUGAAGAAAACCUGAUGUAAACCUGCUGGACGAGUUGAUACAACCUAAAGAAAACCUGAGGCAAGAGCUGAUGUAAACCUGAAGAAAACCUGCUGGAUGAGCUGAUGUAAACCUGAAGAAAACCUGCUGGAUGAGCUGAUAUAACCUAAAGAAAACCUGAAGCAAGAGCUGAUGUAAACCUGAGAAAAACCUGCUGGACGAGCUGAUAUAACCUAAAGAAAACCUGAAG